GGUUGUCUGUCGAUUGGUCGAUGAGUCGUUGUGUCGCCUGUACCAGUAACACAAAGUGUUCAGACCGUCGGACAGGCAAUUGUAUUUCUGGAUUGCCUUUGUAUCUAUUAAAAUCUAAUUUAGCACUUGCUGCACUGCAUUGAUUCUGAGAAUGAUAUUAAUGAAAAAAUCAGCGAUGAAUUCAAAAUGCCGUUAGCCACAUCGAUCGAAGCAAAUUUAUUUAAAAAGUACAAUUAAAGCAAUGAGAAAAAUAAAUGUUUGCCAUUUAAAAAACGGAAAAUCAUCAGUUUUACCUACUGAACUUUAAAUAAGAAAAACAAACAACAAAGUCCAACAGAAAUCCGUAAUGGAUCCGGACUUGGAUUUGGGCUUUGAGGAGCCUUUAUCUUCGAUCCCACGCCAAUUGUCGUCCAACUCCUUUGGCAUUGCCAAUGCCGUCGACUUGGAAGCGGACCCAAUUCCAGAAGUGGCCAGCAAUUGGUCGACAAUGGCAAAUUUCAGUCGUCUAUUUGCUGGAUCUGCUCCCGAUAUUGCCAACUAUACUUUUAAUAUGUUAGAUGUGGGCGUGGCAAUGGCCACUGAAGCCACAAAUGCAUCGAUUGGGAGCAUGAUGAGCAGCCCCACAACAACUCCAUCGAUAUCACACGCCUAUGCCAUGGGGAAUAGUUCUUCGUUGGCCCAUACCAAUAGCCUGCACGACUCAUCGCCCGUGGCCGAGCAAAUUCCCGAGCAUAUAAUGGAUCAUGCACCGCAACUAUCACGAUCGGGACUCCUUAAGGUUUAUGUCUUGGCCAUAAUGGCUCUAUUCUCACUGCUGGGCAAUCUGCUGACCAUUUGGAAUAUCUACAAGACACGAAUCUCGCGACGCAAUUCACGACACACAUGGAGUGCAAUCUAUUCGUUAAUGUUUCAUUUGUCGAUUGCCGAUGUCCUGGUGACUUGUUUUUGCAUCUUUGGGGAGGCUGCUUGGUGCUACACUGUCCAAUGGUUGGCCAAUGAGCUAACCUGCAAGUUGGUCAAACUCUUUCAGAUGUUCAGCCUGUAUCUGUCCACCUAUGUCUUGGUACUGAUCGGUGUGGAUCGUUGGAUAGCCGUGAAAUAUCCAAUGAAAUCUCUCAACAUGGCCAAACGAUGUCAUCGUCUGCUAGGCGGUACCUAUAUUCUAUCGCUGGUCCUCAGUCUGCCACAGUUCUUCAUUUUCCAUGUGGCGCGUGGCCCUUUUGUCGAGGAGUUUUAUCAGUGUGUGACGCACGGAUUCUAUACGGCCGAUUGGCAGGAACAGAUGUAUGCCACCUUUACUCUAGUGUUUACAUUUCUAUUGCCUCUGUGCAUACUAUUUGGUACAUAUAUGUCCACGUUUCGUACCAUUUCAAGUAGCGAAAAAAUGUUUCAGGGCUCGAAAUUGGCCAACUAUUCGACAACAAAGCUGCCCACACAAACGAAUCGACAGCGUCUAAUACACAAGGCCAAAAUGAAAUCAUUACGCAUAUCCGUGGUGAUCAUCAUUGCCUUUCUCAUCUGCUGGACACCCUACUACGUCAUGAUGAUUAUGUUUAUGUUCCUAAAUCCGGAUAAAAGGCUGGGGGACGAUCUACAGGAUGCCAUCUUUUUCUUUGGCAUGUCCAACAGUCUCGUAAAUCCGCUCAUCUAUGGAGCCUUUCAUCUGUGCCCAGGCAAGGGCAACAAAUCCGGUGGAGGCGGCAACAAUAACGCAUACAGCUUAAAUAGAGGUGACUCCCAGCGCACACCCUCCAUGCUGACAGCCGUUACCCAGGUGGAUGGCACCGGUGGCAGCUCACGGCAAAUGAGAACCUUUCGACAACAAAGUUACUACCGCAGCACAAGCAACGGCGGUGGCAGUGGCCAAUUCAAAGAGCAGGUGGGUCUUCUGCAUGUGGGUCCCGGUUCUGGAUGUGCCUCGGCUGCUGGUGUUGGUGUUGGCGGUGGAGUUGGAGGUGCUGGUGUUGGUGGUGGUGGCGUCAGCUCGGCUACACCACAACUGAUGCGUAAGUGCUCGUCAUCGGUAGUGCGUAGCCCGCAUCCACAUGCUGCCAUUUUGGCCAGACAUUCGGUUUGCCUGAGAGAACAGCAUGAACAGCAGCAGCGACUUCUGCUCCAGUCAACGCCGCCCUCGACCUUGGUUCUCAAUUAUGAUAGUCAACGCGGCGGCGUCGGUGUGGGCGUGGCCACCAAUGGCCUUAAACUAAAAUCCUUGACUGAUAAUAAUGAGCGCGUGUCCAGCGUUUGAGGAGAAUUGGCAGUGGCGGCGGCGGCGGCGGCUUCAGCGGCAACAGCAGCGGCAACAGAGAUGGCAGAAAUGGAUGGAGAUGAAUGCACCUGCUGCCAUUGCCUGAGCAAGGAACUAGUGAGGCGGCAAGGACUCCAAGAGCUUCCCAAUAGCAGUUAAUGUGUGGGUGGGGGGCGGUCAUUUUAAGGCUACAGCUAGACUUAAAACUAGAAUUAUUAGUGCUUUUUUUUUCUAUAAGGUUGUUUCAGCAAGAAAUGAGGAGGGGGGCAAGGAGUUAAUGCGGGGAUUGUGGGGGAAAAAACGAGCGACUUCGAUGAUCAGAUCAGCGGGGCAUGUGUAACAUUUGCUUAGUUGAAAUAAUUGAGAGUUAAGUCUUUUGAAUACACAAACGGUGUACUUAGUUGUAGAGUGAAUCUAGUUCUAACUAACUAACUAACUAACUAACUAACUAGUUGUAGUCCACAGAAUUGCACUGCACUGAGCGAAAUUCAAAACAAACAAAUAUAAACAAAGUUUCUGAAAUUCUUGUCCCCCUUUUGACUAAUGUCAAAAUUAGCUUUAUGGAAAAACAAUUGUGAUAAGCCGAAAAAUCCAAAGUAUUUUUCAAAACUCUUUUUGUCCCUGCGCUUUAUCCGUUUUUCAUAUUCUAAAGAAAACAAAAAUGUUUUAUCCAGUAUAAAGGAUAUAAGGAUGAUGACAUUCCCAUCCAAUUGUAUAUGUAUCUAUUCAUUUAUGUUUGAAUGGCAUGUGUAUUUCUCUCAGUGUAGUGCAAGAGAGUUCUAAUUAUGGUGAAGUGCAGCGAUCCGGUUUAGCUUUAAUGAAUCGAUGAUCUGGUAAUAAUGUCUAAAUGCAGUUCAGAUGAGAUUUUAAUUGGCCCAAAGGUCGUUUCGGUUACACAUUCGUUCACUUGGUGAACGGUUUUUAAUGCCAAUGAGUUUUCAUUUAAUGCCAAGAUAGAACAGUUAAUUUCAGUUUCAAGUUUAGAUUCAUUGUUUUUGCAAUCCGGAUUUAAAAUAUUUAAAAGGCAAUUUGCAUAAAUAAUCAGCCAACAACAGGGUAACACAUACGCAUUAGUGAUUAUUCUUCUAUCUGAAACACCUACUUAUACACAUACAUACAUACAUAUGAAUAUGU